CUCCGGCUCGCGCCUCUCUCCUGCGCAUAGUAGCCGGAGCACAGGCGGUAGCACAGGCAGGACGACGGCACGUACCCACGCACGCACGCACGCACGCACGCACGGACGGACGGAUAGACAGACGGACGGACGGACGGACGGACGGACGGACGGACGGACUUACACGGAAUGCCGUCGGGCGAACAGGGAUUCACGACACACAGAGACACAGACGCCGUGUCACCGUGACGACAGACCGCGCUGUUGACGGCUGUGCCCGCGCGACGAAGAACUAAAAGCAAGGCCUGCAGCGCACCAAGGUUCCGCGUGCGCGACUUUGGGAGGGGCGGUCACCUGGCGGGCGUGGUGGUGGACCUGAUGGUGCAGCCGUGCCAGUUCGUGCCCGAGACUCGCGCCGUCAUCGCCACACUCGCCAUCGUUAACAACCCCUCCGCCACCACCACGACUACUGCUGCUGAUCCAGGUGCCGCCUCAACUGCCCCUACUGCAGGGGUCGGGGCGGCGAGCCUGCACGUGUUUGUGGAGGAUGGGGGGGAGCGCUGGUCGACUGGGGGAGGGGGAGGGGGAGGAGGGCGGAGUGGCAGCAAGCCGCUGUCAAAGAAGCUGGUAAACAAGAUAGCGGGGUUUCUGAGACUCAAGGACGACGCCUCUUUGCGCCUAAAUGAUGCGUCUGCUGCUGGCACCGGUGCUGCUGACAGUGGUGGUGCGUGUGGGGGCCCCAUGGUUUCCCCAUCGGCCUUCUCUGCCCCCCUGCACUCGCCCAACGAAACGACCAGCCAGCAGCAGCAGCAGCAACAGGGAGCAAGCCGUACCUCCCAGGCCACCCCUUCAAGCCCUGCCAGUUCCCUGCGUAAGGUGUCCACGUUCCACGCCCUGCUGCCCCCCGCUGCUCCUCCUGACUGCCUGCCCCUGCCCCCCCACCUGUCGUCAUCCCUCUACCCUCCUGCACACUCCAUGGCUCUCACCACUCCUGCCGUUGGGGGCGCGCGGGGGGCAUGGGGCAACUGCAGCAGCAGCAACAGGCGCGAGAAGGAGAGGGAGAGAGGGGGGGAGAGGGAGAGGUAUGGGUAUGUGACUGAGGUUCUUACUCCUGGUAGGCGGCUCAUUCGAAGGGCUGGGUUUGGAGGCUCGGCUAGAGACGGCAUUGCUUCACCCAUCCGAGUCCGGCUGAGUGCUGCUUCUGCUGCUGCUGCUGCUGCUGCUGCUGGUGCUGGUGCUGGUGCUGCUGGUGGUACCACAGUAGAUGCUGAGGGUUUAGGGUUUGAUGCCUCAGGCAGAAGCAGCAGCUGCAGCAGCAGCGGCAGUGGCAGUAGGAAGGGUGACUGGCUGGCACAAGCUGCUGCUGUCGCGUCGAUUGGUAGACUGAGUGGCAGGCCCACAGGAGGCGAGAAAGGAGGAGGAGGGGGAGGAAAGGGGAGAGGGGCAGGAGGAGGAGGGGGAGGUGGAGGAGGCGGAGGAGGAGGAGGGGGGGCUGGGGGAGGGGAAGGAGGUUCCGAGGAGUGUGGAAGUGGAGGAGCGUGGAGGGCGGAGCGAGGGGAGAGGGCAUUCAGAAGGGCGGCAACAGCCGGUGCUGCAGAGAGGGGCAGAGUGGUGGCGAAGGGUGAAUGGGACACCCCAACACUCGAAGGGGUUGGGACCAGCACAGGACUCGCAGCAGCGUUGCCCGGUGGGGAGGCUUCCACUGGGGUAGCUGCAUCUACCGUUGAUGCCGACGCUUCUGUGGGGCCUGCUGGUGUUGGGGGAACAGGAAGCAGGCCCAGGGGUGAACAUGAAAGGGAGCGGCAGCUAGAGGGGGUGUGUGGUGGUGGUGGCGCGUCCCGCAGCAGGGGGGGCGGGUUGAGUGAGCGGAGGGGGGUGGAGGGGCGACUAGGGAAGCUGAGAGUGGCAGUGGGAGCGCCCCCCCUCCAGGUGCAGACACCGGGCAGGUUUUCCCAUGGCCGGGGGGGAGGGGGCGGUGGAGCAGCAGGGGGAGCUGGGGAAAUGGCAGCAGCCGCAGCAGCAGCAGCGCCGUUCUUCUCUCCCCAUACCACUGUCGGAGUGAGCGCCAGGCAGAGAGAUUCUGGAACGAAGUUGGGGCCGCUGGGCAAUCCAGCUGCUAUGUCAGAUACUUCUUCUGCUGCUGCUGGUGGCACGGGCCACAGCAGCCGGGGGCCCUUGCUGAGUCCGCGAGGGGGCCUGCUGGCUCUCAAGGCGCUUCUGAGUCCCAAGGACCGCUCCAGGGCGCUUGGAGAGGGGUUGGUGCAAGGUGAGGGAGCAGCAGCAGCGGAGGCAGGCGUGGCAGCGGUGGCAGCGGCAGCGGGCGGAGAAGGUGGAAAGAGCAGCGCUGAAAGGUGUGACGAGGUACCAGAGGCAGAGUCAGGAGGUGCCUUGAAGUCUGUGGGACAGCGAGCAGGUGUGAGGGAGCGGGAAGGGGGAGGGAGCAGGGGCGCACGAGAGGGGAGGGCUGUGGCUGUAGCGGUGGCAGCAGGUGGCAACACAGAAGCACUGCAUGGGACCGCUGUGGCGGUGGCAGCAUCCGCGGCAGCAGGAACAGCAAAAGGAGCAACAGCUAGAGCAGCAGCAGCAGCAGCAGCUUUGCCAGUUGCUGCAAUUCCAGUGGCAGCACCAACAGCAGCGGCAAGGUUUGGCCGUGCUGUAUCAGCAAUGACCUCUGCUGUGCCUGCUCUGCCUGCUGGGCCUGCUGCCUCUGCAAGUCCUGUCAGGCCUGCUCUUGCUUCUGCUGCCGCUUCCACUGCUUCUGCUUCUGCUGCUGCAGCUGGUGCGGGUGCUGGUUCUGCCAGUGCUACGGGUGCUGCAGCUGUUGUGGCAGCACGGGCUGUUGCCCCCAGAGCGCGGGCGUUCUUCCCCAAGUCGUCCAGCCUGACGGGUCGCAUCCCCAGCCACAGCACGUCGCCCAAACCCUCACUGUCCCCCCACCGCAGCAUGGUGUUGUGUGAGGCUGAGGAGGACGAGAGGGACGCAGGGAGAGGCAGGGUGGGAGUUUCCAACACCGAAAGAGGCGGGAGAGGAGGGUUCAGUGGUGCGGGUGCUGGUGGUGCUGGUGCUGGUGCUGGCAUGGAUCCGUCCUCCAGCUUUCAAAAAUUCCCCACACUUCCGCUUGGCAUCCGUCCCGCUGCAGGUGGUGCUGGUGCUGGUGCUGGUGCUGGUGCUGGUGCUGGUGCUGGUGCUGGUUUCACAGUUUCAGAUGCGCCUCUCGCUCUACCACCAGCUGCUUUCCCCCCGGCCUCCUCCUCCUCCUCCUCCACCGUCACCACCACCCCACUCCACAACCCCAGCCCCUACGCUCACACCCCGGCGCGCACCCCCACGUCCGCCCACCGGCCUCUGGACCUCUCCUCGCCGCGCUUCCUCCGCUCCUACACUGCCGACGCCUCAGAGCUCGCUGUGGCGUCUCGCAGAGCGUGGGGGCGAGAGGGGCGCACGGGGUGGGGCGAGAGGGAGGACGAGAGCGGGUGGGGGCAGCAGGAGGAGACGUGGGAGGAGGAGGAUGAGAUGGCGUAUGACGAGGGUUAUCUGAACGGGGAGGAAGGGCAGAACGAGUGGCAGCAGGAGCGCCGGGAGCAGUGGCAGCAGGAGCAGGAUCAGAGGGGGGGGAUGGCACGAGGGGGGAGCGGAGGGAGCAGUCGGCAAGUGGGGCGGUCAUCCUCCAGCGGGCCAGGCGGCAUGAUGGGAGCAGCAGGCAGUGCUGAGGAAGGGUUUAUCUGGGAGCGCACGGCAACUCUGCAUAUGAAGUCCUCUGCGGGCGACCUGGAGGGCUCUGGAGGGAGAGUGGCAGUGCAUGAGUCGCAUGGCAGGGCCGGGAGCUGGGGCAGAAAAGGGAAGGUCAAGGAGAAGGAGAAGGAGCAGAGUGAGAAGCAGCGGGCGAUGCUGGCGAGUGAGCUGAUGUGGCUGGACUCGCAGAUGGUGCAGAUGGAGCAGGAACUCAACCGCCUCAUCCUGCCCCCGCUGCCCGGCCAAGACCCAGAACCCGGCGAGGGGGGUAGCAGUGGGGACAAGGACGGGGGCGAGGAGGAUGGAGAGGGAGGGGAGGGGGAGGACGAGGGAGAGGAGGGGGAGGACGAGGGAGAGGAGGGGGAGGACGAGGGAGAGGACGGGGGCGGGGGAGGGGAAGGCGGGGAGGAGUAUAGGGGGCAGGAUGGCAGGUAUGAUUCUCAGUAUGAUGUGGGGGAGGGCAGUGGGGAGGGGAAGGAGGAUGGUGAGAGAGAAGAGAAUGGCGAGGGCGGAGAGGUCGUGGGGCGAGAAGAGGCGGGGGAAGAAGACGUGGUGCCAGUUGGUGGAGCCAUUAGAGCAGUGAAGCAGCAGGGGACGGCGUCAAAGGAGGACUAUGGGGAGGAGGGAGGGGAGGAAUUGGAUGGGGGAGAUGCGUUGGGGCACAGGGAGGGUUGUAAGGAGAGAGAGGAGGGUGGUGCUGUGCAAUCUGUGGAGGAAGGGGGAGAGGAUAUGGUGGAGAAGGAGGGCGUGCAAGGAGGUGAUGUGGGUGAUGUGGGUUGGCAGUCUAGAGAUGAGGAGAUUGACAGGCAAGGCACGGGUGCUGCAACCACCAGUACCAGCAGCACCACCUGCGCCGCCACAGCAGUUGUUGACGAACACCCCACUCACCUCCUCCCUGCUUCCUCUUCCUCCUCCGCUUCUUCCUGCUCGUUUGCCCACUGCACAUCUCACCUUCUGCCGUGCUCGGCCUCUCUGCUCGCGCUCCCUUCACCUGCCUGCCUCCCAUGCUGCCCCAGCUCAGCGCAAUGGGUCAGCCAUCUGUUCGACCAUGCGAGUGUGGGCUUUGCUCUCCUGGACCCCUCCUCCUCGCGCCUGCUCGCCUGCAACGCGUCGCUCGCCGCGCUCCUCGCCGCCCCGCCCUCGCUCCUUGCGCCGGGCCUCCUGCUGCUGCCCGCCCUGCCGCACGCUCACAAGGCGCCCUUUCAGGAAUGGCUUCACAGCUGCGGGACCCACAGCACACCAAUGGCACCUCCUCCUUUCACCCUACCAAUAGACUCCAGUCACAAGGGGCUGUCUGCCCAGGAGAAUGCAUCACCACCAUCACCAUCACCAUCUCCGUCAGAGGAAGCUUCUCACACCACCACCUCCACCAUCUCUCAGGUGACCUUCAUCUGCUGCCCUGCUGCCGUCCCUGCAGCUAUCCACACACCAGCACCCACAGCAGCAGCAGCAGCAGCAACAGCAGCAACAGUGGGCACAGCAAAGCCCUGCCAUGUCGUCCAGUCUUCUCCUGCUACACCUGCUGUGGCUCCUGUCACUCUGCUUGCCAUGAUCCACAAGUGAGUGGAAUGGGAGGCAGCACAAGGGAACCACGUUGAUUCAUUCACAUCACAUCACAUGCCAACCAUCACACGGCAACCAUCACACGGCAACCAUCACAACACACACUGGCUUGACCCACAAUGGGCGAUGAAAGAUGAGGAGGGAUGGUGCUGUGCUGUGCUGUGAUCCAGCCCUGUGCAUGUGCACCUGGCAGGCGUGCCUUAGCAAGCAGCGUGUGGUAUGGCGGUGUGGUGAUUGCUUGUGUUGUGUGCAUGCUUCACUUUGUGACUCUGCAACUGCCACCUGCACGCGUGCAAUGCAAAGCAUGCCCCACGAGGUGUAAGACAAUGCUCUCUCACAAGCCCGUGGUUCAGUCCGCCUUCAGCCUGACAUGUUAUGUUGUGCCACCAAUUGAUGACGAGAGUGACUUGUGUGACUCAUCCGAACCAAACCAAACCAAACCCAUCCAACCAACCAACUACCGUAAUCCCUCGGAUAUAGCACCCCGGGUGUAGUACAAAAUUCAUGCAAAAUCAGGGGGGUGGGUGCUCUAUUUCGUGUUUUGGCUACAACACCCUGGUGUUAUAUUUGAGGACAGAAUGUUUAACAUGUAUUUAAUUAGAUAUAAUUGUAGGCAUGCCCUCAGAUUGGUUUUGAACCAAC